ACUGCGCAUGCGUCAAGAAAGCGACUCCCUAUUGGACACAACGUGCACAACGUGGAGUGUGUUGUAUUGCUUGUGAUGUGUUCUGUUAUUUCUAGAGGAAUUAUUAUGUGAGGAAAACAUGGAUCAACAGAUGCAGAUGAUGACCGAGUGGACUAAUGAGUAUUUUUUUUAUUCUAGCUGAGGAAGAAAAGGCGGAUAAACAGUUUUUAUUUUGUUUAUACUUUAGAUUAAGGUCAUUUUCGUGAAAAUGAGGCUUGUGCACAGAAAGAGGACACCAGCUGGGAACAGAGAGGAUUUUCGAGUUUCAACGCACUUUACAAACCCUUUUACACACGAACUGAAGCUCAGUCCUGUGCAGAAAGUCCAGAUUGCAUUGAUGACUGUAACACUGUUUCCUCUGCGAUUGCUCUGCUGUGCUUUUUUCAUGUUGCUCGCAUGGCCUUUUGUAUUCUUGGCCACCAUGGGCCGCACCGACGCCGCCGUGGAGCCUCUUACCUGGUGGAGAUGGUUGUUGGAGCUUAUCAUUAAAGGCAUCAUGAGGGCGAUGUGGUUUUCUGGAGGCUUCCACUGGAUCCGUGUGAAAGGCAGACUAGCUCUGCCCAGUGAAGCUCCCAUCCUCAUACUUGCACCACACACUUCUUACUUUGAUGGCAUUCCUGUGACCAUGACCAUGUCAUCGAUAGUGAUGAAAUCAGAGAGCAAAGACGUUCCCGUCUGGGGCACGCUGAUUAAGUUCAUCCGUCCGGUGUUAGUGUCACGCUCGGAUCCUGAUUCCCGCAGGAAAACUUUGGAGGAGAUUAAACGCAGAGCGUGCUCAGCAGGCCAGUGGCCUCAGAUCAUGAUUUUUCCUGAGGGAACCUGCACCAACAGAACCUGCCUCAUCACGUUUAAGCCUGGUGCGUUUAUUCCUGGGGUCCCGGUCCAGCCGGUGGUUCUGCGCUACCUUAACAAACUGGACACGAUGUCGUGGACAUGGCGAGGACCUGGAGCAUUUACGCUUCUGUGGCUCACGUUGUGUCAGAUCCACAAUCCUGUAGAGGUCGAGUAUCUCCCGGUUUACACACCAUCAGAGGAAGAAAAAAAAGAUCCAACUCUGUUUGCCAGCAACGUGAGAAACAUCAUGGCCAAAGCUCUGCAACUACCGACUGCAGAAUACUCGUUCGAAGACGGUCAGCUCUCAGUGAUCAAAGGUCCUCUGAGUUUACCUGGCCACACAGGCCUGCUGGAGUUCUCCAGACUGGUGCAUAAACUCGGGCUGAAGGUAGGAGUCACAGAUGAGCUCCUGCAAGAGGAGGGCAAAAAAGCAUGCAAUCUCUCCGGACGCAAACUGAGUCUGGAGGAUUUCACAGAGUAUUUAAAGCUUCCAUUGACAGAAACGCUGCAGGACAUCUUCACACUGUUUGAGGAGCACGGUCAGAUGGAUGUGAGGGAAUAUGUCAUUGCUCUGUCUGUGAUCUGCAGACCCUCUAAGUCCCUCAAGACUCUUCAGCUGGCCUUCAGAAUGUUUGAGGCCGAGGACGACGGAGCCAUCGUGGAAGACGAGUUGGCUGUCAUUCUGAAAUCUGUACUUGGUGUGGAAGAUGUCGCUGUGGGUGACGUCUUCAGAGCUGUCGAUACAAGAGACAAAGGAAAGAUCACGUUUGGUAGUUAUAUCUCCUAUGCUUUUUGCCAUUUUAUGGAGCGCUGUCCCAACUUCAUGAAGUUAUACAGAUGUAUCGAUGAACCAACCACACACACGAGUUCGGGACUCGUACAACCUGCAACCAACAGCUUCUGCCCUGACUCCAGCUCUCAGGAGCAAAACAACACAACACACAUCAAGAAACAGGACUGAUGUGUGUAGGAGAUUAUGGCCUUUGUGAGAUAUCAGCCUGAGCUCAACUGUAUUAUAGAUAAAGAUCAAUGUAUUUAUUGUAAAUGUAUUUAUUUUUUUUUAAGGUUUGGUUUUUAAUGUUUUAAAAACAUCAAUGUGUUUUUGCUAUGAGUGUUUUAGCAGAUCCUCCAAAAAAUGAACUGGACUGUUUUUUUUUUUUUUACUCCUUAUCAUAAUUUAAAGGAAACUCGAUACUAAUUUUUGCAUUGCAGUACAAUCAAAGCCAAGUAACUAAUUUCAUAUACUGUACAAUCUACACAUAUUUCUAUCGUAUGUCCAGGACCUCAAUUAAAAACAGAACUCAAAAUAA